AGUUGGAUUUGGAACGAAAGCAAAAUGGCUCGAGGACGCAAGAGCAAUAGCAUCAACCAGAGCGACUUCACUAACAGCACCAAUCCUCAGGAUUUAGAGAGACGACUUUUUAUCGGCAAUUUGCCCACAGACCACAUGACUCGUGAAGAAAUGGAAGAGAUAUUUUCAAAAUAUGGCAAAAUCAGGGCCCUCAGCAUGUACCAUGGCUAUGGGUUCGUGCAGUAUGACCGUCUAGAAGAUGUCCAGGCCGCUCUGGACGGUGAGAAGGGUCGUCUUUAUAAAGGGUAUAGAUUAGAUAUUAAUAAAGCAGUGGAAAGAAGAAAUAUGAAUAAGGCUUCAUCAAGGUCCAGUCCGGCACGAAGAGAGCCGUAUGCCUACGGGGAUGGCCGAGAUGCCAGACGCGACCGCUCCCCUCUUCGGGGGAGCCCACGGAGAGACCCCAGAGAUGGCAGGGAUGGUAGAAACGGACGAGAUUCCAGAGACACUCGAGACAUUCGAGCUAGAGAGCACAGAGACCCACGGGAUAUCAGGGAUCCAAGAGACUUGCGGGAGCCGCUGUAUGAGCGUUACAGGGAUCCACGGGAUAUGAGAAACCCACGAGAUGUGAGAGACCCUUGGUACAGACGAGAUGAAGCUUACGACCGUUACUUUCGCCUUGAAGACUACUAUCGGCGGAAGGACGACUCUUACUACGACCGUUACAAAGAUAAUUUUGAUAGAGCACCAGUGAAUUCAGAAGGUGAGUGCCUUGCGUUGCACCGUCUGAAGCGUGAGGAGCGGCGCCGAGAGGAGCUCUACCGUCAGUACUAUGAGGAAAUCAAGAGACGUUUUGAUGCAGAGAGACCUGUGGAUUGUUCUGUGAUAGUGGUGAAUAAACAGACAAAGGAGUACGCGGAGUCGGUGGGGCGGAAGGUGCGGGAUCUGGGCAUGGUAGUGGACCUGAUCUUCCUCAACACAGAGAUGUCGCUGACGCAAGCCCUGGACGAUGUGAGCAGAGGAGGGUCUCCUUUUGCCAUUGUCAUCACCCAGCAGCAUCAAGUUCACCGCUCUUGCACUGUUAACAUCAUGUUUGGCACCCCACAAGAACACCGCAACAUGCCCCAAGCUGAUGCCAUGGUGCUGGUGGCAAGGAAUUACGAGCGCUACAAAACAGAGUCACGGGAGAAGGAGCGGGAGGAAAUCGCCCGGCAGGCUGCCAAGAUGGCAGAUGAAGCUGUUCUGCAGGAGCGGGAGCGCGCACCCCUCAUGGAGGAGGGUGUCAGGGGAGGUCACCCUCCAGGGAUUCAGACUCUCUUGAACCUGCUGGCAGACAAUCGCUAUCUAACUGCUGAGGAGAUUGAUAAAGUAAUUAAUUACCUGAGAGACCAGAAGGAGCGGUUACUGAGGGGAAGCGCUGAUUCUCUGCAGGCGUCCAUGUCGAGACAGUCUUUGGAGGUACCUUCAGGAUCAUCUCUGGGUAGUCAGUCCAGCCUUCCAAGCUCUCAGGCUCAUCAGGGUUCACAGCCUCUGGCCUCUGCUCCUUCUGUUCCAGUGUCCUCUUCUAAUCCUCAGCAGGAGCUUCAAGCAAAAAUCCUGAGUCUCUUCAACAGCGGGGCAGCAGCUGCAGCGAAGAGCAGCUCUGCAGCCUCCGCGGGCACUUCGGGCAGCACUCCCAACCAGAACUUUGCUAACAUGGGCAGCGAUCAGGCCCGGUCAGCGCAGAUGAGCGCUGGAAAUUUAAACCAGCCUCAGCAGAGAUUGCAGACUCCAAGCACGCAGCUUCCUGCUCUCCAAGGCCCUUCAAGAAAUGCAGGUCCAAGACCCGGAGCACCUCCACAAGCUCAGCCACUCUAUGGUCAGCACCAAAAUCGCCUCCCUGCACCUGGCAAUAUACCUAUUCAAAGGCCAAUAUCUUCUGGCAUCAACUUUGACAACCCCAGUGUACAGAAAGCCUUGGACACCCUUAUCCAGAGUGGUCCUGCACUCUCCCACCUAGUGAGCCAAACCAUGGCCCAGGGGCGAGCAGGGUCCUCAGCCCAGCAACCUCUGGGUUCCUUCCAGCGACACUAUUAAAGCCGUCAGGCCCUUUCCCCUGCCCGUUGCCAUUCCAUACUUAUAGCUGUUUAAAGAGU